CAAACAAAAGCAAUUAAAGAAAUCCUGGAUAGUGUUAUUGGGAACCGCGCAAUGACCUCGACUCCCGCGCCAAUGGCCGAAAAUGGUAAUUUUGCGCGGUGCAAGGCGGUAUUUAGCGGCGCACCGAACGAAUCGAUAGAAGGAUUCAUAGACGCAGUGGAAAGCUACAAAGAGUGCGCCAACGUGGCUGAUACCAACGCAAUUAAAGGGAUGUCAAUGUUGUUGACGUAUGAUGCGGCCACCUGGUGGCAGGGCAUUAAGAAUCAAAUAUCUACUUGGGACGAGGUCGUAUUUAACUUAAGAAGCGCUUACGGCGACCGACGGCCGCCCCACAGAAUAUACCGCGACUUGUUCGAAAACGAACAAGGGAAAGAAAAUACAGAUGUGUUCGUGGCGAAAGCUCGCGCCUUGUUGGCAAGGUUGCCACCGAGUGACUUAACGGAAAAAGUGAAACUAGAUAUGAUAUACGGCCUGUUAAACAUUCGUAUAAGAAAACGACUCCGCAGAGAGGAGUUUACGACAUUCGCCGAGUUACUAAAACACGCUAGAAAUAUUGAAGACUCCAUGGGAGAAGAGGUACGACGAGCAUCAACAGCGAGGCCAUCGCCGUCCGCCGGCGCGAGUACUUUCCGCGCCGCUCCGGCCCCCUCCGCUGCCGCCGGACCGCAGGCACGAGGCGCGCCCGCGAUGCGCGCGCGGCCUGCGGCCUCUUGUUCGCCGCCGCCGCACCGCGCCACCGCAGCCCUGCACGCGCCCGCGCCGCCGCAGCCGCAAGCGCGCGGAGCGCCUGGCGUGAACGCGACACCUCGGGCUCCUCCGACGACCUCGGCCUCCGGCUCGGGUCAUGCACGUCCCUACUGUACCUACUGCAAGCGCUACGGUCACCGACGUGAACAGUGUCGUAAGUUAGAGGACAGAGACAGUAACUUUACUGAUGAUGUGAAUUUAAUAUAUUGUUAUGAUGAUAAUUAUGUGCGUAUUAGGAACGAUGACGAUUUGUUGGCAUGUAGCGUCGGCGACAGGCCCGUCAAGCGUCGCGACUUACGUCCCAUUUUCAAAAUCGAGAUUUUAGGAGUAAAUGGUACAGCUUUAAUUGAUACUGCCGCGAAACACUGUAUUGCCGGUCACACACUAUAUGCUCUCCUUCUACGCAAAGGCCACCCGCUCACGCCCUCGACGAGGAAAAUUAAACUCGCCGAUGGCCACGCACGCGAAAUGAACGUUCUCACUACCACGUUGCAGGUGCGGUUGGAACACGUUAUCAUCACAAUACCAUUUCUUAUUUUCCCCGAGUCCGGCGACAACGAGACGUUACUCGGUAUAGAUUUCCUUAGGGCUAUGGGUGUCGUUAUUAAUUUCUCCAAGGAAUUAUGGUAUUUUGACAACGAUCAUCGCGUUAAACAUACGCUAUUUUUUGAACCAACUUCGCGUGGCACUACUUGUGCCUCUACAGAUGUUCUCCGGGAUGACGAGGGUACUCAGCUGGAGUCGGCAGAACGAGACGAACUCGCCCAGAUCCUCGUUAAGCACGCGCACAUUUUCCGUCUAGGGGGAGCUCCUACGCCUUUCGCGGAGCACCGUAUAGAUACAGGUGAACACCCACCGAUAGCAGUGCCCCCAUACCGCCUCCUCCAGACGCCCGUCAUGAAUCAACGUAACGAGGUGUUGGCCAUAGAUCUAUUCGGCCCAUUACCGGAAGGAGAGGAAGGGGAACGGUGGAUAUUGCUCGUUGAAGACACGGCCACAAGAUGGGUAGAGCUAUACGCGCUUAAGGAUGCUACAGCUGAAGCCUGCGCACGUGUCCUCAUCGAAGAAUUCUUCAUGCGGUUUGGGUUGCCUCGUCGGAUCAUAUCCGACAACGGAGUUCAGUUCAUUUCGGCAGUCAUGCGUCAAUGUAUGUCAGUCUUGGGUGUGACACAGAACUUGGUGCCACUAUACCACCCAGAAGCCAACCCAGCAGAAAGGAAAAACCGCGACCUUAAGGCACAGUUAGCACGAUUGGUUGAAGGAGACCAUAGUACCUGGCCCAAGAACUUGCCGGUGAUCAGAUUUGCUCUAAAUAGUGCCGUGUGCCGUACAACAGGAACAACACCGGCGUACCUGACAUUCGGAAGAGAGCUGCGAUCACCUUCGGAAGCAACGCAUGACCAACGUGCCAUACUGGACAAAGAUAACUUUGUUCCACAAAUAACACCCUACUUACGACGAUUCCUCAGCUCGUUGUCGGCGAUCAGAGAACGAGUCGAGAAGCAACAGGACAAGGCGAAAGAAUACGCCGACCAGGCGCGUCGGCGGAUGGAAUACAAGGUGGGUGAUAAGGUGCUACUAAAAUCGCACCUCUUGAGCAAAGGUUCAAAGGCACUCACUGCAAAAUUCAUGCCGAGACGCGAUGGUCCUUACGUCAUCACCAAGAAGAUAAGCCCUACGACGUACAACAUUGCGCGUAUGGAGCUGCCUCACGAGAUUAUAGGGAAAUACCAUGUUCAAGAUUUAACCCCGUUCAUUAGUAACGAUGAUACUCCGCCGGAACCUGUUAACCCCGUCAAGAAACGCGGACGACCGAAGAAGGUAAAAGAGCAGCUAGUCCAGGAACGAGGGCGUACACCUGAACUAGAGGGGGAGUAUAUAGUAAACCGUAGUCCUGUAGCCGCCCGCGUCUUAACCACAAGGGCCUCUCGCGGACGCUUGCCAAUAAGGUUCGCCUCACCUCCCGCGCCCCUCUGUAACGGCCGGCGCAUCUCCCGCACGUGUAGCCGUUAUUGUUAGUCGCGGACGCUUUCCAAUAUGGUUCGCCUCACCUCCCGCGCCCCUCUGUAACGGCCGGCGCGUCUGCUACACGUUCAGCCGUUAUAGGUAGUCGAGGAUAAGCCGCGAGCGCGAUACUUCGCCUAUCUGUCGUUUCCCGCGCAAAGAUAAACUGUCGUCAAUUGUAUUUGAUUACUAAUCUUGAAUUAAGUUAAUAUAUUUUCUCCUAUAGUUGUAUUGUUGACUUUAUUCUACAGUGACUAUGUGUGUAUUCUUAUAUAGUAUUGUAUUGUGACUUUGUGUGUAAAGACGACCACUAAAUCCACCACUUGAAGAUUUUAUCAUUAAAGAAUUGACCCCA